UUACAACCACGCCCCCGUGACCUUCCUCCAACCUCGCUGCCGGAGAAACGGUGAUAACAAGCCUUUCUUUCAGUGUCCAGCCUCCAUCCUCGGUAAGUCAUCAUGGCAGCCCAACAAGAACCACCAAAAGUGAUGCCCAAGUACAUAAAAUUUGCUUUCGGAGGCCUGGCCGGGAUGGGGGCAACGUGUUUUGUGCAGCCCCUAGACUUGGUAAAAAACCGAAUGCAACUGAGUGGAGCUGGAGGGGCGGCCAAGGAGUACAAGACCAGUUUCCACGCGUUUCGAGGCAUUUUAAAAAAUGAAGGAAUUGUCGGGAUGUACUCGGGACUGUCGGCAGGGCUCCUGAGACAGGCAACCUACACAACCACAAGACUUGGAAUUUACACUUGGUUGUUUGAGAAUUUCUCAGGGGCUGAUGGAAAGCCUCCCGGCUUUUUCAUGAAGGCUGGCCUUGGUAUGGCUGCUGGAGUGUGCGGUGCUUUUGUGGGCACUCCUGCGGAGGUUGCUCUGAUUCGGAUGACUGCAGAUGGUCGACUGCCUCUUGCGGAAAGGAGAAACUACAAAAGUGUGUUUGAUGCCUUGUUCAGGAUAACACGGGAAGAAGGGUUGUUCACCCUCUGGAGAGGUGCCAUCCCCACAAUGGGCAGAGCCAUGGUCGUCAACGCUGCUCAGCUAGCUUCAUACUCACAAGCCAAGCAGUUCCUUCUAGAUACAGGGUACUUCCAGGACAACAUUUUGUGUCAUUUUGUCAGCAGUAUGAUUUCUGGCUUGGUAACAACAGCCGCGUCAAUGCCUGUUGACAUCGCCAAAACACGGAUACAAAAUAUGAAAAUGAUUGAUGGAAAGCCAGAGUAUAAAGGUGCAGCAGAUGUUUUGAUAAAGGUUGUGCGCAACGAAGGAUUAUUUGCUCUGUGGAAGGGCUUCACUCCAUACUACGCCAGACUGGGUCCUCACACGGUUCUCACAUUCAUCAUCUUAGAGAAGAUGAACACACUUUACAAGGAAAUGGUGCUCGGAGACUUCAGCGGCAAGAGCAGUCUGUAGGUUUCCGGUUCUCAAUCCGACUCUCUUAAAGUCGAACAGACUGAUUUUUGUCUGGACACAUCACAUUCAUCAGAGAAUUCACAAAAUGAGAAAUAACUUUGUUAAGGAUUCUAAUUCAUUAGCGUUAUCCUCUGUUAAAGCUUUCAUAUAGGCUGUAUUUUCAUGUCGAACUACAAAUAAGCUAGGAAGAUACGAUCAAAGCCAUCACGUUACUUGAUAUUCUGUUCAACCUAUUUUUUAGAAAAUGCUACUGUUUUUUUUAGUGUCAGUGCACACAAAUUCAAAGAGAGUAAACUGCUUUUCUGAUGACCAAAUUUUAGGCUUAUAUAUUGGAGUAUUUAGCAUUUUAAAAGUCUUAAAAAUUAUUUUAAAUACGGACCUAGUUUUACAUCAUGUGAUACUCUCUUAUUAUACUGGGCUGAUUGGGCAUAAAUUGUUUUCGCCUUUAAAAAAAACCUAUUAUUUGAGUUCAGAAGCAUUAAAUAUCGUGCAAAUCGUUGUUGCCUGUUGUACAGAAAUGCUUGUUUUCUAGUUAUAAUUAUUGAAGUGUUCCAAAUUGUGGUUUUAGAUAAGAAAUAAAAAUUUGAUGCAAGAAUUUUACAUCAAUGUGUCU